CGUCUCCAUAGCAACCCCUAACGGUCACUAUCAGAAGGACACCUCCAUUUUGUGUCAGGUCGAUUCACCGCAUUGUUCCCGUCCAGAAGCUCAAACAGGCAGCAAAUGUUACGGUUUUCACAUUAAAUCAGACGGAAACCAAACGGAACAAACUGAAAAACAUUGUAUUAAAACAUAGCUGUUAAAUUCUGCUUCGUUUUGGGUAAAUUUGUAGUUUUAAAGUCCCGUGAACUUGCACCGCCCGGUGAGCUAACGGCAGCUAAUCACUGCGAGUUGUUAAGGCUUGAGUGAGGAUUACAGACCCAUGCACAAUGAUGAAAAUGUCCAUUUUGAAGAUCCAGAACCCGUCCUGCCUCUGGGGUCGGGUCGUCCGGGGUCUCGGUGGCGACGCGGUGACGGCAGAACAGUACGACGGUCUGCUGGCUCAGAUGAACCUCUUCUACCACGACGUCACUCAGGACCUACGCGAGCUGAAGCCCGAGUCGCUGGAAGAGGGACAGGUGUGUGUGGUGUACUGGUCGGUGAUGAAGUCGUGGUGUCGGGCCGUGGUGGAGUCGGUCAUCGUGGACUCGGUGUCCUGUAAGGCUCGCUGCUUCCUGGUGGACUACGGAGAACGGCUCGUCGUCCCCUCGGACCAUCUGGGUGAGGAGGUUCCACCUGGCGGGAAUCAAACCCACAACCCUGCGAGUGUCCGUCUGUGAGGAGAAGGCAGAGCUGAUUCCGUCCACUCACUGGGACAGCUCCGCUACGCUCUACCUGCACAACCUGCUGCAAGCAUCCACUCAGACAGAAGCCGUGCUGCUCCAAUCCGAGUCGGACUCCACCUCCAUUGAGCUCUACGUGACUGUGGGGAACAUCAAGAUCUGCACCAACGACGACCUGGUGGCCAAGAACAUGGCGUUCUACAUCAGAGAGUCAGCCGACGGCGGCGGCGGCGGCGGCGGGCAGGACGAGCUGGACAAAUUGCCCGUCAUGUUGUCCUCCAGGAUCUUCACCCAGACCGUCUUCCCGACCUGGAACAAGCCGACAGCACGAACCCAACCACCAGCCGUGAUGUCACGUGGUCUGGCUGCAGCCGGAGCCAGCGAUUGGCCGACGGCUCCCUCCACACCUCAGAGCCGACAACAGGAGCCCGAGACCUCUGAGGAAGGCAGCAGGUCAAAGGUCGCAGGAGAACAAUGGAAGAAGGGCUCAGUGGCUGCAGAGAGUGACUCCUCAGAGGACACAGACUCGUCUCUGGCUGCAGCUCUGACCAAAAACCUCCACCUGUUCAGGUUCCUGAAGUUUCUGAAUCCCGGCAGCAGCUGCCAGCAGGCGGCUCCCAGUGUCAGUCAACAGGAAGAGCUCAAAGACUGUGGAGCUGAAGAGACGACUGCAGCCUCCAGCACAGGACAGGAAGUAUUAAUCCCUUCAUACAACAGUGAACCUGGAACGCAGCACAAUCAAGCAUUGCUCAGUAUGAGUGGACAAAGUGGAGCUGAAGGUCUUUGUGAGAGCACUCAGGUUGAAUGUCCGGCAGAUGAAAACACAAGCAGCUCGAGUCCAUCAGAGUCUGGACCGGCUGAGGCAGAGAGGACGUGCAGGAGUGAAGAGGACUGGGCCUGUGCACGUCUCUUGGAGUGGUUGAACCCGGAGCCCCAGAACCUGGAUCCAGACGCAGACGCUGCAGACAACGUGGUUGUUCCCAGUGAUCCCAGAAGGAGUGGGAUUCUGGUGCACUCUGCCCUCCCCGUGGAGCCCUACACCAGCCUGGAUGAUGCCCCCGUCACCGAUGCUCUCCGCUGGGUGCUGCGGAGGAAGAGGUACAACGCUCCGUCUCCAGCCGACCGCUACAGCUGGCCAGCUGUGGCUCUAGGAUGCAACACCGUCAUCGUCUCCCCCAACGCCGACCAACCUCUCAGCUACCUCGCCCCACUCCUCACCCACAUCCUGCUCAACUCCAUCUUCACCCCCCUCACCUCCAGUGCAGGGCCCAUAGCGGUGCUGCUGUGUCCGGGCUGGGAGAAGGUCCAGGCGGUGUACGACCUGCUGGAGGAGCUGAAGGUCGUCCCGGCCCUCCACCCGGCCGCCGUGCUGCUGGGAAUCCACAAAGAUGAGGCCAAGGCUGUCAGGAUCCCCAAAAACUGCCUGCUAGUAGUGACCACUCCCUUCAGUUUGGUCCGUCUGCUGUCCUGCCACUGCUUCCUGUUCCUGCGUCUGUGCCACCUGGUUCUGGACGAGGCCGACCAGCUCUUUACUCACGCUCCGGACCAGAUGCUGACCAUCUUGCAGCAUUUCCAGAAGGUGACGUCCAGCGAGGAGAUGGCUUCCUGUCCUCAGCAGCUCAUCGCCGUGGCAAAAAGAUGGACCAGUGACAUGGAUGGUUUGUUAGCCAACUACAUGCCAUACCCGUCCAUUGUCAUCAGUGUCCCGGAGGAAGCUGCUCUCUAUGGGAACGUUCAGCAGAUCAUCCUAAUGACCCUGGAGAGCAGUAAGACCUCAGUACUGCUGGGUGUGUUAGAUUUCAACCCCGAUGUCGGCCAGAAGACUCUGAUCGUAACCAACUCUGCUCAGGAGGUGGAAGAUGUGUACCAGGCUGUGAGCAACAAAUCAGCAUUCUGCCUGAAGACCCACGAGGGGUUAACUCACCAGUUUGACUUCGUCAUCCAGCAGUGGAGGAAGGACAUCGGCCCCGGCACUCAUGUUAUUCUGGUGAUCACCAACGAGUGUCUGAAGUGUCUGGGAAUCAGAGAUGCAACUUGUGUCGUUCACUACGGCUUCCCCACCUCUCCCAAAGUAUUCGGCAGCCGACUCUUCUGCAUGGCCGAGAACUUCAGAAACCUUUCUGAACGAGUUCCCUCCCAGGAUCAAGCAGAGAGCUGUCCUCCUCCCACCAGGUCGGUGCUGCUCAUCUCUGACAGGAACGCCCGUCAUAUAGUUGGAGUUCUGCGGUAUCUGGUGCGAGCCAACACCGUGCUGCCCCCCGAGCUGCUGUCCUUCGCCCGGGGCAUCCAUGUGGCCCGGGAGGACCAGAAGACCCACAGGCCUCUCUGCAGCUCCCUGAAGAGCUUUGGAGUCUGUAGAGACAGCAGUGUGUGUCCCGACCGUCACAGAUUCAUCUCCCACCUGGAUCAGUCGGUGCUUCCGGCCACGGGAGUCAUAGAAGUUGUGCCUCUCUACAUUAAGGCAGCGUCAGUGUUCUACGGUCGUAUUGUCAGGAAGGAGGACGAAGGUUUCCAGAACAUGGCGUCUGAGAUGAAUUCUUUCUACGCCGACAAGAAACCCGGAGCCAGCGAGGUGCUGGAGGGAGGCUUAUACGCUGUGCAGGAGGACGAGGUCUUCCACAGGGUGAAGAUCCUGUCUGUCCCAGACCGAGGUGAUCGGCUGUUUUUCAGCGUCCUCGUUCGGUUUAUUGACGUGGGAAAGGAGGAGGAGGUCAAAUCCCAUCAGAUCCUCCAGCUCCCGGAGAAGUUCCACUCUCUGCCCGGCCAGGCCGUCGAGAUCAUCGUCUGCCGGGUCAAACCGGCCGACUCUGAGACCGAAUGGCACCCCAAGGUCACCAGAGGGAUCAGCCAGAAGAUCCGAGGUCUGCAGCACCGAGCCAGAGCGGUUUUCAGUCUGGGAAACACCGUUUUUGUUGAUCCUAUGGUCCGUGUGACGCAGGUGCCAGGUAUGAAAACUGUGAUCAAUGACUACAACGUGCAGUCCGAGAUCCUGAACACCGGGAUGGGAGUCAGCAACCCGGAGCAUCUGGACCGGCUGAGGACGCUCUACCAGGAGUGCAACAUGGGCAGCGAUAACAAGGCGGGUCUUGUUUCUGGGUCGGUGGACGGUCCGGUGGCUCAGGAGGUCAGGAUCAGAGCUGAGGAGGAAGUUCUGGCUGAAGCCUGCAGAGUGGCCGAGGUCAGUCGGCUCGCUGACCCCCCUCACCUGCAGCCACGUGAGACUCUUAGUCCAGCAUCUUCAGUGAUCCAGUCCCUGUCCCCGGCACCAGCAGCACCAGCAGCAGCUGAACCCCACCCGGACCCAGUGUGUGAUCAGAAAUCCCUCUCAGACAGUCAGAGAAACACCCACACUGCUGAUCUGACGUCAGCCGAGCAGAUGAUGAGGAACGGACAUGAAGGAGAAGUUAACCGCACGACCAGCGAGGAUGCUGCUCUCAACCCCUGUGAUGGUGUGCCUGCAGGUGACGAUCAAAUCAUCAGCCAGCAGCUCAUCAGCACUAAUAAGACAGACUGCAGUUACUCUGUAAAAAGUUUGCACCCUCAGGUCCGCUGGUACGAGACGUCCGACUCCGUGAUCGUUUCGGUGAAGCUGACCAACCCGGAGAGUCAGCACUGUGAUUUCUACCCCGACAGAGUCGUUUACAGUGGCAGAGUGAACGGUCGGAUCUACAGAGCCAACCUGGAGCUUCAAGCCAACGUCGUUGUGGACCGCUGCCGCUGGGACAUGAAGUCCAACGAGCCGGUCCUCAAACUGGUCAAACAACGGCAGGGAUACUGGGAGAGACUCCUCAGGAACAAG